AUGAAGGCGAAACGUUCCAUUGUUAUGGGCACAACUGUACGAGCAUCAGUGCACAUCAAACUACCGAAGACAUCUGCUAAGCCUGAGUUCAAGCAAAUUUGCAGUGAUAUGAAGCUUCAGAUUCGUGGCAUCCACGGUGAGCAUUCGGAGUCUGCAGAAGGCGUCUACGACAUUUCCAACAAGCAACGACUUGGUUUGACCGAAUAUCAGGCAGUACGCCAAAUGUACGAUGGUGUGAAGAAAUUGAUCGAAAUGGAAACUGCAGCUGGUUAA